AUGCCGCGCGGCUUCCUCGUCAAGCGCAGCCGGAGACCCGGCGGCUCCUACCGGGCGCGCCCGCGGGAGCGGGACCCUGACCGGGACCCUCCGCCCACGCCGCCGGCCCCGCCGCCCGCCGGCGAGAACGGCCCCGCCGCUAGACAGGGAGCGGAGGAGGAGAAGGGCGAGGAGGAGGAGGGAGCCGUCGCCGCUUGCCCCGCGACGUGGCCCCCCGGCGGCGGCUGCGGCGGCCCCGGGCUCACCCCGCCGGAGGCUCCGGCCGCCUGGGGGGCUCCGGGGCCGUGCAGCGCGGCGGGGCCGCGGGCGGCUCUCUUCGAGCGGUGCCUCAGCUCCCCCGCCUCCGCCGAGUCCUUCCCCCUGGCCGCCUCCUUCCCGCCCGCCGAGAAGCUGCUGCUGCAGCCGCGCACGCCGCUGCCCGCCCCGCCGCUGCCGUCGGUGCCCGCGCUGAAGCGGCCGUCCCGGGCCAAGGCGCCGGCCAAGAAGGGCAAGGCCACACGGAAGCUGAGCUUCGCCGACGAGGUGACCACCUCGCCCGUGCUGGGGCUGCGCAUCAAAGAGGAGGGGCCCGAGGGCCGGCCGGGGCCGCCGGCGGGGCGCACGCCGCUGGGCGAGUUCAUCUGCCAGCUGUGCAAAGAGCAGUACGCGGACCCGCUGGCGCUGGCCCAGCACCGCUGCUCCCGCAUCGUGCGCGUCGAGUACCGCUGCCCCGAGUGCCACAAGAUCUUCAGCUGUCCCGCCAACCUGGCCUCGCACCGCCGCUGGCACAAGCCGCGUCCCGGCCCCAGCGCCGAAGGCGCCGCCUCCGCCCCGCCGGGCAAGGAGAACAGCCCCGAGCGGCGGCCCCGCGGUCCCGCCGCGCCCCAGCCGCCGCCGGGGACCCGUCAGCACCGCGGCGGCGCGGACAGCGCCCCGGCCGCCCCCGGCUCCAGCCCCGGCCCAGCUCACGGCGGCGCUCCCGGUGCGGGCGGCGGCCCCGGCGGGGAGGCGUUCGCCUGCCCCUGCUGCCAGAAGCGGUUCCGGCGGCAGGCUUACCUCCGCAAGCACCUGGGCACCCACGGCGCAGCGCGGCCCGCCGCCUUCGGCCCGCCGGAGCGCGGGCCCCUCACCUUCGCCUGCCACCUCUGCGGCGCUCGCUUCCCCUCGGCGGACAUCAGGGACAAGCACCGGCUGUGGCACGCCGUGCGGGAGGAGCUGCUGCUGCCGCCGCCGCCUCCCGCCGGGGUCCCCGAGAGCGGCGCGGCGGGCGGCGAGCGGCAGGGCUUCCCCUGCAAACACUGCCCCGCCACCUUCUUCAGCGCGCCCGGGCUGGCGCGGCACGCCAGCAAGUGCCACCCGCCGGAGAGCAGGCAGGUCCUGCUGCUCCAGGUGCCCGUCCGGCCGGGCUGCUAGGCCCGCGGCCGCCCCGGUGAGACUGCUCCGAGAGCCCGGGCUAGCCGAGCGAGCCCUGGCCACGCUGCAAUUCCUAUGGAAAGUCUCGGCUCUCACGGCUGCGACGUCGGAGGGACCGCCCGGUGACUCCCGGCCGGUGCAGCGACGCGCGCCCGGCCGGCA